AUGGGGAAGAAUCUCUCCGGCGCGCAGAAGAGGAAGAAGAAGAGGGAGAAGGAAGAGGCUGUCGAACGAGCGAGAGCGAAUAUGGAGCGGCUGAAGCUUGGACCGACGAAGUUGUGGACCGGGUUGGUGUUGCAUCAUAAGGAUGUUUUUGUCUCGCAUGUGAUUCCGAAAUUGAAUGGGACAGAUCGGUGUUUCUUUAAGAAGGUGAAUGGAGAGAGUUUGGAUGUGCUUAAGUAUGCCGGGGUAAACGAUCUGAAAAGAUGGUCUAUUGACGAAUGUUCAUCCAUUUCGACGUUGGAAUGGGUGUGGAAUAACAUGGCUUGGGGAGAGAAAAGUCAAAGUGGAAGAGUGAUGGAUCAAGCCUUGUUUUGCGCGGGAGUUGCUGCAACGAACAAACUCGAGUUGCUCAAGUGGGCGAGAGAAGUGAAACAUUGCGAGUGGAAUGCAAUGACGAUUGUUGCGGCAGCACUUAAAGGUAAUCUCGAGAUGCUGAAGUACUGUUUCUCUAAUGGUUGCCCGUGUGAAGAAAAAGAGGCGUGCACUCAAGCUGCUGCAGGAGGACACCUCGACUGUCUUCGAUUUCUUGUCGACAAAGUGCAACCUUCGCGAGGUACGGAAAUGCAAGCGGCAGGAGAAGCAGCAUGCGGUGGUCACGUGGAGAUCUUGAAAUAUUUCGUCGAAGAAAGAAAGAUGAUAGAGGAGGUGGGAAAGUUCACCCUCGUGUCAGGCGCUGCAAAGUAUGGCCAAAUCGACUGCCUCAAAUACUUAAUCGAAGAGGCGAAAGUACCUCCUCAUGCCUGGCAUGUCGCUCACGCUCGGUAUUACGAGCACCCCGAUUGCGUAAACUACUUGCUCGAAAAAGGCUCUCCAGAACCAACGGACGAAGAUUACGCAAGAUUUGUCAGACGAGUACAAUCAAAGUCCGGGCAACAGAGCGGCGACUGA